UUCCGGGUGGGUUUGGGCUCGACAAGAGAGCGAAGUUGCGACGACCCUGGGUUGUCGCAUCAAGUGCGAGUACUUUCCCAAACCGGAAGUUAUUAUUCGACGUACGCAUAUGCAUAUUGUUUAUAUAGAAGCAAGCACAGGUGAUUAUUCAGGGAGAUAUUUAUGAUACCCGUUAAUGGUAACAGAUGACAUUGACGCUAUGAACCUUUAUGAAGGCCUGCUGUUACCUUGGUAACAGGUAUCUUGUUGCCACUGGCGCUUGAGAUCGGUUAUGCCUCUAUGAGCCAGGUCCUGUCUCUGUGUGUGCAGCAAGAAGUGCAGCUGCGCUUUCUCUGCCCUCAUGAUCUGGAUGAGGUCAAGAGAUUAUGUGCAGAGUGGUUUCCUAUAGAAUACCCUGACACAUGGUACAAUGACAUCACAUCCAAUCCCCGCUUCUACUCCCUGGCCGCCACCCACCGCGCCCGGAUCAUAGGACUCAUCGUGGCAGAGAUAAAACCAAGGUCCAAGCUCAACAAGGAGGAUGCAGAUAUUCUGGCAUCCUAUUAUGGGCCGAGUGUGCAGGUGGCUUAUAUCCUCAGUCUUGGUGUGGUAGGAGAUUUCAGGCGAAAUGGUAUAGCCUCCCUUCUCUUGGAUAGCCUGCUGUCAUUCCUCACUUCCAAGGAGGGCUAUGACUGUAAGGCUGUCUACCUACACGUCCUGGCUACCAACUCGGUGGCACUGCGCUUCUACGAACAUCGGAACUUCAAGCCACACAGCUUCCUGCCGUACUACUACUCCAUACAGGGCAAACCUAGAGACGGCUUCUCAUACGUUCUCUAUGUUAAUGGAGGACAGCCACCUUGGUCAAUCGUUGACUACAUCAGCCAUUGUGGGAAGAUGCUGACCAAGAUGCAACCAUGUGCUCUCCCGAAGCACAUGUACCACGCCAUUCGCAGUAUCAUCAACCGGUUCCUCUUUGGGUCAUCACAGCAAGAGAAUGCAGGUCAUGUCAGCUGAUGGUCACCAGUGCACACUCAGCAACCAAGGUCAAGGAUCAUCAAACAUGUCUAGGUCAAGGUCAUUUACAAGGGAAACAGCUGAAGACAACUCUUCUAUAUGCAUAAAUCAGGCCAAAGGAUUUUUGAAACAAUAUUAUAGUCUAAUGCAUCAGUUUAUAUGCAAUGAAUUGAUGUGUUGAAGUAGAAAAUCAAAAGAGAUCUAAUGUCACGAAUAUUGAUUCGAAUUACUGCAUUUAAUAGCUUUUUUGAUGGAGAAUAUUGUAUAAACGUGAAACAGUUUUACACAUAUGUAUCAUUUUCACCAUUUUUUCUAUUAUAGUCUGUCUACAUCAACCCUGAUUGUAUCAGAUUACACCACUUUAGAGUAACCUCCCUUGUUUGAUGGUGUCCUUGUCAUUGGUUGAUGCAAGUGUGUAUGUCCCUGUUCAAGGAGCCAAGUUUCAUUUAGCCCACAACACAUAGCUGUGAAUACACCUCCAUCCAGAUCCUCAAUAGACAAACAAACCCACUGAUACUUCCACCCUUCGUGAUACCUCUUCUCCUCUAUCUGUGAGCCUUGUGUGAACAUUAUGAAAAACAUGGUUUACAGAAAUAUUGGAAUUUUUGUUUCACCCAUCUGAAACCAGAUUGACAGGUGUCAUUGCAGCGUGUAGUAUAUUUUCGUUACCUGCUCUCAUCGGUGGACUGUCCGUUACACAAGAGAAUAUUUUACUACUGACACAAUGUGAAGGUCAAGUUAAUCAGGUGAUACACAUCCUGUUUCAUACUUUUGCCGCUUUUUAUAUCCCAAAUUUGUGAUUUAAUUAAACAGUUAUGUUUGACACUUGGAAUUGUGAAAACCUAUGAAAACGCGAUUGUUAUUUCAGUUUAAAAGAAACUGUGUAUGAUGUUCAUCCUUGUGGGAUUUAGUGGAGCAACUAUGUAUUGCAAUGUAACCAAUUCCAGGAGAAAUGGUGGGUUUGGUUGGUGCUAGUCUCAGGAGCACUAUCAUCAGAGGACCUGCAGUUUGCUGUGCAGAGUUCCUCCGAUGAUGCUUGCCAGAAUCCUAUAUCGUGGGUUUGAAAAAAUGAUAAACCCUAAUUAUGUUUCUAUGUUGUCAGCAGCUUAUCCCUGUUUGUGGGUUUCAUCAAGGUGGUGAACAUUUACGAUCUUACUGACUUUGGUUCUCCUACCUUAUCAAGCCAAUACACUGUGAUACAACUGAAAACCAUGGUCUACACACAAUAGCCUGCUCUCGAUAACAAAAUGAUCACCAUUUUGUCAUGAAUAGAGGUGUGACGAUACAGAAAUUUCACGAUACGAUAUGUAUCGCGAUAUCUUGGAACGAUACGAUUCGAUUCGAUGCAUGUCACGAUAUGCUAUCUUUAGUUAUGUUCUUUAAAAAAUCUUAUUUUAAUAGCAAGUGACAGUGUAAAUUUUGACAUAACUGUCAAUAUCUAAUGAAAAUUAACAAUUUGAAGGUCAACGGUACAUAUCACGAUAUGAAAAAAACGUAUUGAUAUAUAUAUAUCAUUAGAUAAAGUAUCACGAUUAUGGAUACUACGAUAUAUCGCCACAGCUCUAGU